GGAAUCUGUUUAUUCAGACCCCUUUGAUUUAAUCCCCUCCUUCCAUGUUUGUACCAAACCAUUCCUAAAUGAGGAAUUUAUCUCCUACUAAUUCGUAUCUCUUUACUUAAGGUUCUCCCACAUAGCCACUAUUCUAUGAUCGAUGUUCUUCUCAAAACCCACGAAACUCCAAUAUUUACUGUAGAUAUUUAAAUUUCACACUCCUAGUUAAAUCCAACGAACCUGCCCAUAGUUCUUACUUCCCAGAAUAAUCCAAUAUCAUUCAACAAAAGAAUUAUUUUUUGAACCCUAAUCAAAACCUUAAACACAGCAAAAGUCCCCCUGCAGGUCAAGAUUUCUCCACUACUCAUAAGAUAGUCUAUCAUGAUGGAUCCAUAUAUUAUGGUGAAAUUAAGAAUUAAAUGAGACAUGGCAAAGGGACACUCUACAGUUCUGACAAUCAUUUAAUAUAUAUCGGAGAAUGGAAAGACGAUAAAUACCAUGGACUGGGAAUUUUAAAUAAAGGAAAUUUAAGAUACAAAGGCUACUUCGAAGAGGGUUUGGUUAGUGGAGAAGCUAUCGAGGAAAGUAAAACAUUCAAAUUCUAUGGUUUCUUCAAGAAGGGUAAGCGCAAUGGUCCAGGGUCUUUGCAUAGUAAAAAUCAAGUCACACAAGGCUUCUGGAAGGACAACCUUAUUUAAGUUAUUUGUUGA